CGCCCUGGGGCAGCUCGGGCGUGGCCUCCAGGGAUCUCUCCGUCUCUACUAGCCUCCUCCCUCUUUACUUGCCCCCUCCCUUUUUACUUGCCUCCUCCCUCUUUCUCCUCUUCUCUCACUCACCUCCCGGUCUAAAACCGGGGCCGGCGCCUUUAAGAGGGAGCGUUGGUUACCCUGGGGGCGGGAACCCCUCGGCCGCUCGCGAGGCGGCGGCGCUCGUCCGCGAUGCUCCUCACUUUCAGCUCCAGCUCCCGCCACCGCCGCCUCUAUCGCCGCCGCCGCCACCACCUCCUCCUCGUUGUCCUCCUUCCUCCUCCGCCUGGCAGCGUUGUUCUCUGCAGCGGAGGAGAGAAGUGCUAUGUCAGGAAAGUUCCGGGAGGGACUACAUGAAGCCAUGCUCCCUGGGCUCUUCCGCGGGCGCCCGCGCGCUGCCCUUCGCUUGAGGCAAAAGGACUCUUGUGGAAGAUGGAACUCAUUGUCCAUUUUCCAGAAUGUAUUUCCAAGCCCAUCAAUGGGACCUGAUACUGCUGUUCUGUGUUGAAAUGCUUGAAGAACUCCUGCAUCUCUGCUUGCAUCUUCCAUCCUACUGAAACCAUGGUCUUCUCGGCAGUGUUGACUGCGUUCCAUACCGGGACAUCCAACACAACAUUUGUCGUGUAUGAAAACACCUACAUGAAUAUUACACUCCCUCCACCAUUCCAGCAUCCUGACCUCAGUCCAUUGCUUAGAUAUAGUUUUGAAACCAUGGCUCCCACUGGUUUGAGUUCCUUGACAGUGAAUAGUACAGCUGUGCCCACAACACCAGCAGCAUUUAAGAGCCUAAACUUGCCUCUUCAGAUCACCCUUUCUGCUAUAAUGAUAUUCAUUCUGUUUGUGUCUUUUCUUGGGAACUUGGUUGUGUGCCUCAUGGUUUACCAAAAAGCUGCCAUGAGGUCUGCAAUUAACAUCCUCCUUGCCAGCCUAGCUUUUGCAGACAUGUUGCUUGCAGUGCUGAACAUGCCCUUUGCCCUAGUAACUAUUCUUACUACCCGAUGGAUUUUUGGGAAAUUCUUCUGUAGGGUAUCUGCUAUGUUUUUCUGGUUAUUUGUGAUAGAAGGAGUAGCCAUCCUGCUCAUCAUUAGCAUAGAUAGGUUCCUUAUUAUAGUCCAGAGGCAGGAUAAGCUAAACCCAUAUAGAGCUAAGGUUCUGAUUGCAGUUUCUUGGGCAACUUCCUUUUGUGUAGCUUUUCCUUUAGCCGUAGGAAACCCCGACCUGCAGAUACCUUCCCGAGCUCCCCAGUGUGUGUUUGGGUACACAACCAAUCCAGGCUACCAGGCUUAUGUGAUUUUGAUUUCUCUCAUUUCUUUCUUCAUACCCUUCCUGGUAAUACUGUACUCAUUUAUGGGCAUACUCAACACCCUUCGGCACAAUGCCUUGAGGAUCCAUAGCUACCCUGAAGGUAUAUGCCUCAGCCAGGCCAGCAAACUGGGUCUCAUGAGUCUGCAGAGACCUUUCCAGAUGAGCAUUGACAUGGGCUUUAAAACACGUGCCUUCACCACUAUUUUGAUUCUCUUUGCUGUCUUCAUUGUCUGCUGGGCCCCAUUCACCACUUACAGCCUUGUGGCAACAUUCAGUAAGCACUUUUACUAUCAGCACAACUUUUUUGAGAUUAGCACCUGGCUACUGUGGCUCUGCUACCUCAAGUCUGCAUUGAAUCCGCUGAUCUACUACUGGAGGAUUAAGAAAUUCCAUGAUGCUUGCCUGGACAUGAUGCCUAAGUCCUUCAAGUUUUUGCCGCAGCUCCCUGGUCACACAAGGCGACGGAUACGUCCUAGUGCUGUCUAUGUGUGUGGGGAACAUCGGACGGUGGUGUGAAUAUUGGAACUGACUGACAUUUUGGGUGAUGCUUGUUCUUUAUUGACAUUGAAUUUUCUUUCUCAUAGCCUCUCCACUUUAUUGUUUUUUAUAGGGUUUGUGUAUGUAUGUGUGUGAGCAGUGUAAAGAAAGAAUGGUAAUUAUAGUUCUGUUACCAAGAAUAAACAAUAGGAAAGUGAUUACAAAUAUUACCUCCAGGGUUCAAUAGAAAUCCUCAAUUUAGGGUGAGGAGAUUUUUUUUGGUUUUGGGGUUUUUCCUUGAUUGAUUUUGUUUUCAUAGUGGGAAUCAGGAUUGUGCUUUAUUGAGCCUGCAGUUACAUUGAAUUGUAGGCAUUUCGUGUGCUGCUAAGGUGUGCUUAUUUGAGUUUAUCAAGACUUUUUUUUUCUGGAAGACACUGCUGCUUUUUACCAUCACAUUGGAGCCAAACAUCUCAAUCAAUAUAUAUUUAGUUUUAUUUUAAAAACUAACCCAGGAAGGUUAGCGACAUUUUAAUGGUCAUUACUAUUUACUUUGGUGCACUUUAAGAGACAAUGUACAAAUUAAUUCAGUCUUAUUUUUCAGAAUUGUUUUUAUACAUGAUAUGUGCUUUAGGAAAUAUGCAUUAUCACUUAUGGGAAGAUAGUUUUAAGAAAUGUUUUAUCUGCAUGUACAGUUGUAAAAGAGAACAUAAAAUGUAGAUACUUUUCUAAGCACAAUAGCAACUCUUCAAGCAAUAGCGCAAAAUCUAGGAGACAGGAUCCUUGCAAAUUUAAAAGGUGAGUGUAGUGAGGGGGAUGGCAAGUGGCUGGUACAGGCUGUGGUGAUUCCUUUUACUCAAGGGUUUUUGUGGAGUAUAGGGAGAAGGGGUUGAUAUUUAUGGACACCUAUGUGUCAGGCACUGUGCAUCAUUUUAUCCUUACAGGAUGUUGUGAGGUAGGUAUUAUUGUUUUCAUUUUUACAGGUGAAGAAAGCAGGUCUCAGAGGGACUAAAAUCCUGCCCAAGGUUAGUGGUAGAGCUGGGAUCCAAAAAUCUGUCAGAAUCCUGAGACUGCGCUGUUCCACUGUGCCACGCAGACAGUUCAUUCAGUUUAGAUGUCACAUAGUCAAGAGGGAACUCUAUGCAUCCUUUAAUUUUUUAGACUAUGAUAUUCUUUUUAAAAAUUAGCCUUUAUUUUCUAACUACCGAAAGAAAUAUGAAAGCAUUACAGAAACACUGGAAAAUAGAAAAGAAAAAAUAAAAUCACUUACAACCACUUUUUGUUUUUUGGAGUCUCGCUUUGCCACCCAGGCUGGAGUGCAGUGGUGUGAUCAUGGCUCAUUGUAGCCUCAACCUCCCAGGCUCAGGUAAUCCUCCUGUCUCAGCCUCCUGAAUAGCUGGAACCACACACACACACGCACACACAGGUGUGUGCCACCACACCCAGCUAAUUUUUUGUAUUUUCUUUUGUAAAGACAAGGUUUCACCAUGUUGCCCAGGCUGGUCUCAGAGUCCUGAGCUCAAACGAUCUGCCUGCCUUGGCCUCCCAAAAUGUUGGGAUUACAGGCAUGAGCCACCACAUCUGACCUACAACCACUUUUUAAUGUGAGACUUAAAAAUCUUAGAUAAAUAAGGCUGUGAAGCAAAACCAGUGAUUUUUUUGUUUUGUUUUUGAUUUGCAAAACAAGUGACUGACAAUUAUUGAGAAAUUAAAGAUAGCUAUGUGUAGGUCUUGCCCCUGCGGAUUUGGAGGUUUCCAGUUGUCCAUCUGUGUUAGUUCUAAGUGUUCUGGGCAGAAUAGUAUUGUUGCCCCAAUGCUUGCCCUAGCAGAGCUGGAGUUUGUGAACGUGCUCAGAUGUGUGUCUCCUACAAAGAAGGGAAAAUGAACCCUGGUCUGAGUCUAGAACAAGUUUUAAUAGGGCAUGUCUGACAUUUCAAAUUGUUUUUCUCUUGCUGACAGUCUGCCCCCAGGUGCAUCUAGGGCCUUGGUCAGCUUCUCUGUUACCGGUGGCUCACUUUAUAAAACAGCCCACAGGGAUAAGGGCUGAAAAUAUAGCCACUUGGCUACAUCAUUGACUAAUUAAGUAAGUUAACUGUGGAUUUAUAGCAUCUUUUCAGGAUGUUAGUGUUUUGUGAGCCAGUGGAAAAAAUAAGCUUCUAUUUCUUCAUUUGUAAAACCAGAGAGUUGGAUUAGAUGAAUCUCUAACGUCCUGUCCAACUCAAAUGUGCUUUCCUCCAUACUAGGGUGUAGAUUUUUGAAGAGCUUAGCUGACUUCAGCAUCACCUCACCCUUUGGUCUCCAGUAUUACUUCUUUACAUUUUACUUCAUUAGCUAUUUCUUAAUAUUAAAUAUCUGAAGAGUGUGGCACUGUAUCAGGAGUUGGGGCAUUGAAAGGUUGAUGACAUCAUGAAAUAUCUGGGAAACUCUGCUCUUAAGAAAAUUGCACCGAUGUUGGAACUCAUUGUCCAGUUAAAGAGCUCUUUGGGGACUCAAGCAUAUUAUUCAACAUGUUGUUUUGGGAUUAUCUUCAAAUGAUAGUCACCUACCUCUUUCAUUUCUAAUUUUUAUUCACAGGUAAAAUUGUUUUUGUCCAUAGGGAUUUUAUAGGACAUAAGCACUGUAGUAGAUACUAGUAGCAUGUUGAAGUGUAUUAUGCUCUCCAUUUUCCAUAUAAACUAGAUUUCAAGCAGAUAUUGAUAAGGACAUUUUUUAUUAGACUUUUCUCUGAGGAAAGUCAGCAUGAUCUGUAUUCAUCUUACAUAUUGGUAGGUCAUGAAGACUCCUUUUUGGCUGGAGGUGAAACUGAGCUUUGUUUUCUUUGUUCCUGUUUUAUGGGCAGUCUUUAGGUACUUUCAUGCUGCUUAAUAGGCAGUGCCUCAUUUGGUGAGAGCUCUGGAGUGCCUGCCGAGACGCUCCCUGUUUGUGAACAAAGAUUAUGAAGGGGUCUUUGUGAGAAUUCAGCAGCAACACUGAACAGCAGUUCUUUUUACACUGGAUUAUCUUGAUCUGAUGAGAGUUUACAAAUCAUUUUGAACAUUUUUAUUAUGUAUACAUUGUGAAAGCUUUAAAAAUAAGUACUAUGGAGCACCUUUGAGAAACGUAGGUGCAAAAUCAUAUGUUGCCUAUUCCCCCAUAUUUUCUUGAGGCAGGGAAAGAUACCACUACUAAUUCUCACUGCUCACAGGCAUAAUCAGAAAUGGUUUUUUGUUUGCCUGUUUUUCCUUCUGGCUAGUAAGAAGCAUAAAAGAGAUAAUGAAAUAUUUGUGGUCAAAAGAAAGAUGCAAGGGAAAUUCCAAAUAGUAUGGAGUAACGUUAUUUAAACUUUUAAUACAUGUUUAAGCAUCCCCAAGGGAGCUUGUUAACAGUACAGAUUCCUGGGCCCCCAGAGGGUCUGUGGUUGAGCCCAGGAAUGUGCAUUUUUAUUUUAUUGAGCACUCUGCCUGACUCUGGCUCAGGUAGUCCCUGGGAAACUCUUCAGGAAACAUUCCUGUAGAAAAUAUAUCUAUUUAAAUAUCAUCUGUUUUAUCCCACAAUGUUUGUUUCGUGUUGCAAGCCAUUAUCUUCUAGGCAUGGGUAAUCCACAUUGAGAGGAAAAUCCACACAACAUUGUGCCUGAUUUGCUGCCACCUGUGUUUGUGCUGGAUCUUGCCAGUGUUAGCUUUAUUUUCUUUCAACUGGCAAAAUUCUGAUAAAGCAUAUAGCUUCACAGUAGAGCAAAAUGGGUGACUUAAUUGAAAGUCAUGACUUUCAGCAGUCUAAGUAUGCUCAUAUUUUAUUUUCUUAUAGAGAGCUGUCUUUAUUGUGUGUAAUUCCCGGAAGAAUGUAAAGAUUUAUCUAAUUCCUAUUGCUCUGCCAGUUGUGUUCAAUGCAAGCAUUGAAGUAAAAUAAAAAUAACCUUUUUAAUCUGUGUAUUUCUGUUGCCCACAAAGAUAUUUAAUUUUUUUCUUGAUCUUUGUUUUUGUUUAUGUGAAAAUAUUUACAUAUGUAUCAUUUCUGUAUAUAUCACAGAAAAGUUUUCACUUGCUUGACAUUUUAUUCUACAAUGAUUUUUAGUGUAAGUUUAAAGAAUGGCUACAUUCAGAUUUAUUUUCACAACUAUAGUCCUGCUAAACUGCCUUCAUUGAAAACUCAGUUUUUAUGAUAAAAAAUAUCAAAGCACAAGUUUGUUAUUGGAGGUAAAGUAUACAUUUCUUAGAUAUCUAUUGGUACUAGACCUUUGUAAUUAAAAUUAAUUUAUUUUACAAUAGUAACUGACCUGUAUGGAAAAAAAAACAACCUUGAAUUAUGGGUUCUAAUAUUUAAAUAUUGAAAAAUAUGGUUAUUUGUGCAUAUUCUUAUUACAACCAAGAAAAGAGCUCCUGAUAAGAAAAUAAAUAAAUAUUUAACAUUUCUAAA